CGACCUGGCCCACAGGAGUCCACUGAGGCUGGAAGCGUCGUUGUUGUGUCCACGCAGUCACGGAUAUUUGCUCCCGACGAGGCUGGACUGAGCUCACGCACCCGGGGACCCACGCUAUGGUGGAUGAGUGUUACCCUGCUUCACAAGGAGACGCCGCGGAUCUGUCGCUCGGGCACCGACCGUUACCGACGGAAAGCCAUUAGCUCCGAUAGCUCCUUACGCAAGCUAGCAACGUUAGCUGUGAACAUCAAAGCCACUGACCUCAAACACAUCUAAGGAACAUACUCGGUGUUGGGACGUCAUUCUCCCGGUGUCUCCGCGUGGUGUGUCCCGUGGACGGUCCCUGAAUAUGAUAUACAAUGAGUCAAAGAGAUACUUUGGUUCAUCUGUUUGCUGGAGGAUGUGGAGGCACAGUCGGAGCCAUAUUGACUUGUCCUCUAGAAGUCGUGAAGACACGACUACAGUCGUCCUCCAUCACCCUCUACGUGUCUGAGGUUCAGCUCAGUACAGUCAACGGGGCCAGUGUGGCCCGCGUGACCCCUCCAGGCCCCCUGCACUGUCUCAAAUUGAUUUUGGAGAAAGAAGGCCCUCGCUCACUCUUCAGGGGGUUGGGACCAAACUUGGUGGGCGUGGCACCCUCCAGAGCCAUCUACUUUGCUGCUUACUCCGCUGCCAAAGAGAAGCUGAAUGGCUUGUUGGAGCCUGACUCCAUACAAGUUCACAUGGUGUCAGCAGCAGCGGCAGGUUUCACGGCCAUCACCACAACUAAUCCAAUAUGGCUCAUAAAGACUCGUCUGCAGCUGGACGCAAGGAACCGCGGCGAGCGCAGGAUGAGUGCGUUUGAGUGCGUGCGGAGGGUGUACCAGACCGACGGCCUGCGAGGCUUCUACAGAGGGAUGUCGGCCUCCUACGCCGGCAUCUCAGAGACUGUGAUCCACUUUGUGAUCUAUGAGAACAUUAAACGGCGCCUCAUUGAGGCCAAGGCACCACAGAACAUGCAGGAGGACGAGGAGGUGACCAGAGAUCCGUCCGACUUUGUUGGGAUGAUGCUCGCCGCUGCCACCUCCAAGACCUGUGCCACAACUAUCGCUUAUCCUCACGAAGUGAUCCGCACCAGGCUACGUGAAGAGGGCACAAAGUAUCGCUCCUUUUUCCAGACUCUAACAACUGUGCCCAAAGAAGAGGGCUAUCGCGCCCUGUACCGAGGCCUCACCACUCACCUGGUACGGCAGAUUCCCAACACGGCCAUCAUGAUGUGCACCUAUGAGUUGGUGGUCUACCUCCUGAACGGCUAAGGUCCCGCCCGUCUCUUCAGACAUGUGUAUGUGUAACCCUGCUCCUGUUUAAAGAGGGAGCAAAGGACAUAAAAAAGAGCUACUGCACACCAGUGAGCCAGAGGACAGGGACAGCCUCACAGCCACCUUUCUGCUCAGUGAUGAGAGCGCUUGUUAAAAAUCAGUCUGUAGUUUGUUUCGUAUCCAAAGGGUCAAACACGAGGGGGAUUGAAAAGGUCCUUGCAUCCGGUUUUCACUGUUUUUGAUUUCCAUUCCAUCCCCUUUUUCCCUUUGGUUCUAAACACGGCAGCCUCAGAUUCAGAGGGCUGAAGGAUGGAAGUUAUUCUGCCUUUAAUCACAGAGAAAUACAAAGAUUAGUCUUUGCAACAUCACGAUUUGUUGUCGUGCUGCAUUUCAACAUCAGUCGUGAGCAAGCGAGCGUUCAGUAGUUGGUAUAAGAGAGAGAGUAAAGUGAAUGUGCCUUGUGUGAAGACAGGAUGUACAGUAGUACAUGAUUAAUGGGUGCAGGAGGAGGCGGAGCUUACAUAAAAAUGUUAUGCACAAGGUGGAGGCUUUAAUUAUAACUAGCUCCCACGCUUGUUACAAAGGUCCUUUAGUUUUUCUUCUGUCUUGCGUUUUUUGGCAACUUCGCACAAAAACUCAUUUAAUGCAUCAAACCUGAUUUUAUGUUUCUGUUUUCCUAUUGAAAAAACACACAAAUCUCUCACACAGUAGCCAUAGCAACCAAGGUCAAAGGUAGACAAGAAGGAAAUGAAAUCUUCUACAUCCGUCCACUUUCCUGAGUUAGCAGCAGCGCACAGCUACGUUGCUAUCCAGCGUGCGUGUGUGUGUGUGUGUGUGCACAAACACCAUCUAACGAGCUAGUAGCUAGCCGGACAUUCUCAACUGGAACACAGUGAACUCAGGUGAGUUUACAUCUAUAUUAUAAGAGCGUCAGGUAAACUGUCCUGAAGUUAAACUGCAGAACUGUGAAAUCAUACCGUGCUGAACACUGAACAUGUACAACACGCUCCAUCUCACCGCUAACUCUUUGUUUUUCUGUGACGUGAAGGUCAACACGAUCCAAUACGCACUAGCUAAUAGAGCGAUACAGCGCCACCUACGGAGUCACAAUCAGACGUACACGGCUAAUAAAAGGAUUUUCUCUCCACAUGUAAACUCAGACUCAGCAGGUUGUCUGAUUGCUGUCUUAGUCGGACUACGGCCUUAGAUUAAACUGCGCAUGUAAAUGUCUGACUGUCUCAGCGAUUCCCCACGAGAUUAUUCCUGUGUCCACCAAGUUCCAUCACAAUCUCUUCCUCCAUUUUUUACCCGAUUCCAAAGAUUCAUACAUGAA